AUGGGGGUGGCCAAAGUCAUCCGGCACUUCAGUGGGGCCGGUGAGGCAGGAGAACUCCAAGAAGAUGAGCCAGUGGAAUCCCCCAAGAACUGCCAUAAUGGCAAGCUUGUCACCAUCCAGCCACGCAGCCGUUUUGUGAAGAAGGAUGGACACUGCAAUGUGCAGUUUGUCAACAUGAGUGAAAAGGGUCAGCGGUAUCUUACUGAUAUCUUCACCACCUGUGUGGAUAUCCGCUGGCGCUGGAUGUUCCUCAUCUUCUGCCUUUCUUUUGUGCUCUCCUGGCUUCUCUUUGGCUUCACCUUCUGGCUCAUAGCUGCACUUCAUGGAGAUCUUGCACCUGAGCAACCCCCUAACUCAAGGCCUUGUUUCUCUGAGGUUACCAGUUUCAUGGCUGCCUUCCUCUUCUCCUUGGAGACCCAGACGUCCAUUGGAUAUGGCUUCCGUAGCGUGACAGAGGAAUGCUCCUCGGCUGUCCUGGCUGUGGUCUUGCAGUGCAUUCUGGGGUGCAUCAUUGAUGCCUUCAUCAUUGGUGCCAUUAUGGCCAAGAUAGCCAAGCCAAAGAAACGCAACGAGACCCUUGUUUUUAGCGAGACUGCUGUGGUGGCCAUGCGAGAUGGAAAGCUCUGCCUUAUGUGGCGUGUGGCUAACCUGCGGAAGAGCCACCUGGUAGAGGCCCAUGUCCGUGCACAACUGUUGCAGGUAAGGAGAAUAUUGGUGACAAACCUAUCAGUAACAGUGAAAAAGGAAGUAAGACAUUUGGGGAAAUUUUAA